AUGACAGAACCAGAUGAUGUUGAAGAAGAUCUCUUCGCUGAUCUUUACGACGCCGAUGAAGCCGCAGCUCCAAGCCAUGCUCCUCCUCCUAGCGCUGCUGCACCCGCUCCCCUUGACACUGUUGCCAACAAAGCAAAAGAUGAACCAGGUUAUGGCGAAGAGCCAGAUCUUGCCUACGAUCCCUCGUCCUUUGACAUGGAUGUCACAGGUCAAGAUGACCAGACCAAUGGCAACAAUCACAUGAGAUCAGAACCAGAGGUACCUGAGAGACCAACUCAUACCGAGUCUUCCGGUCUCAACAUGAAAGAGGAUGGGAAAAUGUUUAUUGGAGGCUUGAAUUGGGAAACAACCGAUCAGUCACUCCACGAUUACUUUUCACAAUUCGGCGAAGUUCACGAAUGUACGGUCAUGCGGGACAGCGCCACUGGUAGAUCCCGUGGAUUUGGAUUUCUCACCUUCAAGGAUCCCAAGACUGUGAACACUGUGAUGGUUAAAGAACACUUCCUUGAUGGAAAAAUAGUAAGGCCCUUUAUGUUUGAUCCCCCAAGAGCAAGGAAAGAAAAUGGUCCCCUUACCUCCCGGGCAAGGCGCAAAGGCAAAGGCAAAGGCUUACAUUCUGGCUUUCAGAUCGAUCCCAAACGCGCGAUACCCCGAGAUGAACAGGAGAAGACGGCCAAGAUCUUCGUUGGUGGUGUUAGCCAGGAGGCAUCCGAAGAGGAUUUCGAAAGCUUCUUCGCCCAAUUCGGCCGGGUCGUCGACGCGACGCUAAUGAUGGACAAAGACACCGGUCGACCUCGCGGAUUUGGAUUCGUCACGUUCGAUAGUGAUGCGGCCGUGGAGAAAUGUCUGGAAUAUCAACCAUUGGAGAUCCUUGGCAAGAUGAUCGAGGUGAAGCGUGCACAACCCCGAGGCAAGAUGGGAGAGGAGGAUGACUUCAAUCGUGGUGGGCGUGGAAGAGGAAAAUUCAAUCGCGAUGACCGAUUCGGUAAUGACAACAAUAACAACAACAAUCAAGUCGGCCAAGGCAACCAGAAUCAGGGUCAGAACAUGAUGGGAUCCAAUGGAAUGAGCCCCCAGAUGAUGGCACAAUACUGGCAAAGAAUGCAACAAUAUUUUGCCAUGAUGCAACAACAGAUGGCCUCGAACAUGAUGGGAGGCAUGGGUGGUAUGGGUGGGAUGGGUCAAAUGACACCGCAGAUGAUGAUGCAGAUGCAACAAAUGCAGAAAAUGCAAGGAGGAAACAGCCCCAACCCUCAGGGGGGAAUGGGCAACAUGCAAGGCAUGAAUCCACAGAUGAUGCAGCAAAUGAUGCAAAUGCAGCAACAGCAAAGCGGCAUGAAUGCAAUGAACAACAUGGGAGGUGGACGAGGAUCCAUGGGUCAGGGACAAACCAAUAACCGUGGGAGCUUCUCUGCACAGGAGCAGAUGGCCUUUGAGCAACAAAAGUAUGAGCACCAACAGCAGACUCGCCGACAAGGCAGUUUCCCCGCCGGGCCUCGAAGUGGCGGAUUUCAGAACCAGAACCCUCAAUCGUGGGAAGGCAUGUAUGACGAUGUCCCUCAACCAGACGGAGGCCAUGCUGGACCGGUACGCAACAAUACACCUAAACCACCCAAAGGACCGGCUGCUCAGGCAAGUGCGGCUCCCGCAAACGCGCCGACAGGUCCCAAGAAUCCGGGUAAGCCCACAGGUGGUUUCCGUGGAGGCCGUGGCAGAUUUCAUCCAUAUGGUCGUUGA